GCAUGUUUCAAAUCUGCUGACAAAGGUUUGAGCUCCAGGAUUUCCAGAACAAAAUGAAGUUGCUUGCACUGCUCCUCUUCUGUAACACUGCGUCUUCAGUGAAAUACUCCCUGAAAUAUUUCCUCACUGCCACGUCUGGACUCCCAGACUUCCCAGAGUUUGUGGCUUCUGCUUUGGUUAAUGGAGUUCAGGUGGGUUAUUGUGACAGCAACAUCAGGACAGCCGAGCCCACACAGGACUGGAUGAAAAAACUAGUAAAAGACGACCCUCAGCACCUGGACUGGUAUUCUGAGAAGUGUUUCGGAAAUCAGCAGGUCUUCAGAGCCAACAUUGAUAGCUUGAAGCAACGCUUAAACCAGACUAGAGGUCCUUGCAUCUUACAGAGGAUGAAUGGCUGUGAAUGGGAUGAUGAGACUGAAGAAAUUAAAGGUUUUAAUCAGUACGGUUACAAUGGUGAGGACUUCAUAGCAUUGGACCUGCAAACACUAACAUGGAUCGCUCCCAAACCACAGGCUGUCAUUACAAAACUGAAAAGGAAUGCUGAAAAAGCUCGAUUAGAACACAACAAGAACUACUACAUCAACAGGUGCCCCGACUGGCUGAAGAAGUAUGUGAAAUAUGGGAGAAGCUUUCUGCAGAGAUCAGACCAAGAAAACUAUAUCAAUAUCCUGUCGUCUGUCCAAAGUUUCAGUCCUCUGAAAGACUGA